AGGCAUUAAUUCUUAACAGGUCUGAGUAUUUAUGUAAUGAAAAUUGAAGUUUUGCAUCAAUUAAUCUGGCCCACAAACCAUGUAAACUUCUUAGUUCCAUUAGUUGAUAUAUAAAAGAUAGAUUCAACUAACAUUACUCAUAUCGCAAAGGAUCUACUGUACAAAAACUGUUUGGAGUUGUUUAUCAUGUGAGUUUCUGUAGUUUAAAUAGCGCUCUAACGGCUCAUUGUUUCAAGUCCUCGAUAGUAUAGUGGUCAGUAUCCCCGCCUGUCACGCGGGAGACCGGGGUUCGAUUCCCCGUCGGGGAGGGCAAGUUUUUUUUCCUUUUAUGACUGUUUUUUGUUUGUAUGUGCUAAUAGCCCAGACUAACUUAUCCCCUUUUUUACAUCCAGCAUAAAAAUUUCAGAGCUGCCCAAAUAUGCUGAACAGCUUAUGAAAGUAAAAAACCACAAAUUACGGCUGCAAGCACAUCACGCAUCAUUGGUAGAUUUCAUUCAUCAGUUAGAAACUGAUGUCCCCCUGCCAACCGAAGAACAACUCAAAUCCGAUGGAUUACGCUUGCAAGAAGAACUGAAAACCAUACUGGAAAACGUUGUCCAGAAUAGAAAACAAAUGUAUGAUGACGUAAAGCAGCUUGCAGAAGCUUACCACAAGUUGCAAUUCGCAUGGGAACGUUGGAACGAUGAUCAUCGUGGUAAUAGUUGUUUUAUGGCAGCAGGUCUAUCAUCACCCACUACCAAAAAGCUGAUCGACUGUUGGACCACGUGUUGUGAGUCCAUUCGACAUGGCAUUGCGUCGGUUGAGGAAGUGCGUAAUAGAUUUAAACCUACGGAAGAAGAGCCAUCCCCAGAAGUCCACGAAUUGGACGAACAAAUCAAAUCACUCGAGCUGCGUGAACGAUCAAUCGCGACUCGUGUAGUCCAUGCGGAAACCAUCCUUGCAGAAUACCAGCAAGAGCACGGCAAUACUACCAUCGGACAAGAACGGGCCCAAUAUUCCGAACCCCGAUUAAUGGCGGUGGAAACGGAUGAGCUGAUGGGCAAAAUUGGGCGCACCCGAGAGCAACUGCGACGCAUGCCGCCAGGACUGAAGGGCUCCGAAGUGGUGAAAAUGAAGAACAAGCUAAAGCAUCUGCAACUGCUUGAAAAAAUUCGGCUGAAUGCUAGGGAGAUGUGCCUGAACAAUCUGAUCCUGCCGAUCAUCGACAAGCUGCACGUUCAGAAGCUGCGGCAAGUGUGUCAACUGGUGGCGUGCAUCUCGAACGAGCUGCCCGAGCUGGGCGGUAUCGCAACGGUCACGUUCGGUUGUGUCUCGAUCGACCGGGAGCAGGAUGAAGCGAAGCCUUUCAACAUCGAUGACAUAAAUGCGGUUAACGUUCAUAUCAUCAACGAAGAGGGUGCGGAAAUAGAGGUGAAUGAGAAACAGCGGCAGCUGGCCUAUCUGAUUCUGUUCCUCUGCUUCCUUUAUUGCGAUAACUGUAAGCUAGUACAGUUGGAUAAGACGUUUGAGCAACUAUUCGACUGUGGAAUCGUUAGUUUGUUUCACGUGCUCGAAAAAUACUUCCCCACCAUGCAGUUUAUCGUGCUGGACAACAACGCACAGUGAGUGAUUUCACUUCUAUG